AUGUCAUCCGCGAAUCCCAAGACUGUUUUGUUCCUCGGAGCCACCGGCGGCUGCGGCCUGUCAGCCCUGCGCCGCUCCCUUGACGCUGGCUUCACGUGCAUCGCCCUGUGCCGCACCCCCUCUAAGCUGGCCUCCAUCCUGCUGCCUGAACAAUAUCCCAACCUGCGGAUUGCGCAGGGAAACGCUCACGAUGCCGACGUCGUUGCCCGCCACCUCGUUUCGCCUCUAGACGCAACCCGCUUCGGCAUGGCCGUCCUUCUCGAUGCCGUCAGAAAGCUGCGCGCAGAGAAGGGUGUCUCUGGGAACCCGCGCGUCCUUGGCCUUAGCAGCACCGGCAUCUCAAAGUUUGCCAGGGAUACGCCUUUUAUCAUUGCGCCACUCUACAAGGGACUGCUGCACGUCCCGCAUGAGGACAAGCGCGCUAUGGAGGAGCUGUUGUUUGCCAGCAACGAGGCUUGGACCGUCGUCCGUGCCAGUUUCCUCACCAACGGCAAGGAGCAACCGUCGGGUGCUGUCCGGGUUGGCGUUGAGGACCCCGUCAAGGGCGUGGAGCAGCUUGCUAUUGGGUACUCCAUUUCGCGCGAGGAUGUCGGCCGGUGGAUAUUUGAAAACGUUCUCCAGAAGGAUGGCAACGAUGAGUUCGUCCGCAAAGUUGCAACCAUCACUUACUGA